CGCAUAGCAACAUGCAAGUCCUUGCUACUCUCGCUGAGCAAUGAGUACGUACCCCGGAGCCCAUAACGAAAGGUGCAUUGUCAAUGCGCACAGUACUUGAGCAGAUAAAGCUUGCUACAGAUAUCCCCGACUCCGUUGCGCUCAGCCUUGCGGCCAAGCCAAAGCCCGUAUCCUCUUGGGGAAGUCGGGCAAAGAAGGCAGAACGCAAGGAAAGAAACUCGCCUGGUAAGGGAGCCGCUGUGAAGAAGCAGUCCCCUACGCCCAAGACCAUCCGCAUGCGCGCUGGCCGCCUUGCGGCUCUGAAAGAUAUGCCAAUGGACAUAUUUUUGGAGAUCGUCAAGAAGCUCGAUCCCUUGGCACUCCUUCGUCUGGCUCAGUCCUCGAAGUAUUUCCGGUCUCUUCUCAUGACGCGAAGCGCCCGUCAUCUUUGGGUCGCUUCCUUCCGCAACGUCCCGGGCGUGCCGCCUUGCCCGCCCUACAUAUCCGAGCCACGAUACGCUGCCGUGCUUUUCGACCAGUACUGCUUUGCGUGUGGAAAUGCGCGCUCAACCAACGUUGACCAUACCGCGUGCGUAAGACUCUGCACGCCAUGCUUCAAGACGAACGAAGGUAGACAGAUGUACCGAGGCCGAGAACUCUCUCCAAAGCGGCAAAAGCUGCUGCCCACGCUCUGCGGAUCGAUCGUGCACUAUCAUCCGGCUUUCCAUGAUCGCUCGGCUCGGAUCGCGCAGGAAAACUUCAAUAUGCUUACGUUUUACGUUCCCGAGUGGAACGCUGUCGUCGACCAGCUCUCGACCAUGGACGCUCGCGUCGAGCUGCCGUCGUUCGCAGAGGAGCGCCGGGCCUUUGUGACUUUGAUGCAGGCCCAUGCCAGGUCUGUUCUGGAGUGGAAAAGUGGUUGUUACGUUCAAAAGUGGGCUGAAGAAGACGCUGCAGUCAAAGACCGCAAGACUGCCAUUCUCGAGAGGUUGGGUGCGCUGGGGUAUACCGCGGACGACUAUCCGAACAAUGAUGCGUGGAAGAAGAUUCUCGACCGGCCCACAAGGCUCACAGAGCGAAUUUGGAAGACAGCUCUGCCGAAGCUUCGUGCGCUCAUCGACCAGAAACGUGUGGACGAUGGCCAAGCUGCGUUCGAGCAGCGUCUCGAGCAGCGGCGCGCGGAAUUCCAGCCCUUCUACGAAGACUUCUUGCAGAACACGCUCUCCGACGCGGAUCGCGAAUUCGCCCCCAACUGGCACGACGCGUGCGCCCUGCCCAGCGUUCACGGACUACUCAACGAAAACCGUGCGACUGUUAUUGUCACCCAGGCGCGGGUCACCACCAUUCAAUCGCGUCUCCUACUCGACGUGCGGGCGUCCGCCCAGCAAACGAAGCGCGACCUGAUGGAGAUGCUUCAUCGCGAGACACAUGGGUCCAAGGGUCCCUUGAUGUUUCGCGGGCCACGCGAAUACUCGCCGAUGCCCCCAUACGACAUGGCCGAGAUCGAGGCGGAACUCGCAAAGGCGACCUCGUUGUUCACCUGUCACCGCUGUCCGCUCAAGUCGGCCUCAGCGCAGGUCAUUGUCGCGCACUGGCGCACCGAGCACCCGUCGCUCAAGUGGAACGACAAGUGGCCGAUUGAGCAAAUCUUCGACCGUCGCCGCAAGUUCUCGGAGUGGCCGUCGCAGCUGCCCUGGGUCAGUGCGAAGCCUGCUGGGCCGUCGCGCACUAAGACGGCGCUCGAGACCCUUGGUCUACCUGAGGACACGUCAAUGGCGCAGAUGGAUAGCUGGGUCCGCGAGGGUAGGCUGAUCUGUCGCUGCGGUCAUCCGGGACUUGCAGCUGUUGCAGAGAACGGCUGGGGCGGUCUGAUGCACCACGUCAGCAAGGAGAUAGAAUGGUGUCAUCGGAUCUCGGGGUGGAGCCGCUCUCGCCAUUACUUUGGUCCGGACGUCGCCAACAACCACCACUUGAGCGGGGAAACGCCAUGCCUGCAGCUCCUUGCAGAGGGCGAACAGAUGAUGCUUUCUGAGUACGCUAUCCCGGGCGAUGUCGUCGCGGAGGUCACUGCCCUCCUGAAUGCGAACGACGUCAAGCCCACGUGCUCGACGUGCUACCGGAUGGUCAAGGAUGGCAGCCACUGGAACGGGCUCUACCUGGAGAAGGACGUGCAGGUGCUCGCUCAUCACAUGAAGACAAAACAUGACAAGGCGCUCUCCAAGAACUCGAUCUGCUUCUACAGCUAUCGUGACGACGACUAUUGA